AUGAAGACCUCGUCUGUGGCUGCCUUGGCCUUGACAGCUCUCUACGAACGAGACUCGGUCUUGUUGGAACAGAAGUUUCAGCACCUGACAGCUCCGAAUCUAAAAGAGAUUGAUACUCUCUUGUGGAACGAAGAAAAACGAAUUCUGAAGAGUAGAAGUAUUCAUGACACGAAUAUGAAUAGCAGCAGCAGCAAUAAUAAUGACUCGAACACUUCUGAUGCUGAUGUCAAUCAUUGUUUUGAUCUGAUGCUACUAAAGAACAACGAUAAUCACAACAGAGUUCUUGCCCAAGCUGUCAUAAGGCGACUUGUAUUUCAAGGCCUUGGAAAAUUUCGGAAUCUUUACUCGAUAGAAGAAGUUGAAGAGGCACUGGUAUCACAUACAUUGCCACAGCACUUGCAAGAGACACUUGUCCAAAAAUAUGGCGAUGACACCAACAAUCAUAACAACAAUAACUCAGCUGCACCCAAUAAUAAGACUUGGAAGGAUGCCUUGGAUCAACUCGUGAAACUGUCUGGUAGAACCUUGGAAGAACUAAAUGACCAUGCUGGAACCGUUCAUGGUCUAGACAAACGGAAAUUGUGGGAACUUAUUCUAGAACAUCCAAUGACCGCUUAUGAACCCUUCAAAUGUCAGCAUUGUGGACAAGUCACCGUCCAAGAUGAUGCGACCAGUACACCCCAAGAUAAUGAGAAACUCGGUCUUUCCAUGGUAGAACCGAAUGGAAGUGAGAUUGGGUUGAGGGGUGGUUGGUUUCGAGGGAGGCCCUAUUCCUCCACGACCAUAUUUCAGUUAAAAUGUACGAAUUGUGGUGAAAUUUCCCGUUGGUACCGAUCCGGGCAUCCCAAAAUGCUGUUGAAUCCAUCAAUGGGAUGGGGACGAUUGUGCGGAGAACAAGAAGAUUUGCGUCUGCAUCUGGCAUCCUAUUUGGGUAUUCCUAUUCGAAUGUGUCUUCCGCUGGAUUGGGAUCAUGUCUGGACCGAGUUCUUGUUGCCCAGAACUAACGAUGACAGUGCCCACGACACUGAUGGGCAAGAUCAAACAUGGGACAUUCGGGAUGACAGUGCUCGGAAUUUUGCGGUGCGAUUAGAUGAAGGGAUUGGAUCUUGGACUGGUGUAUUGGCGAUCAGCCCAGACCCAGAUUGGUGCCAAGACGUAACCAAUGAGUAUCUUUCCUCCGAGAAUCAGAAUGUGCAUGGUCGAGCCGACAGUGUCCAUGCUACGAAAAUGCCGCGGUACAGAGAGCUUGUAGAGAUUGCCCAACGUGACACUACCGGUGAUAGUACGCAAGCCAAGACAGUCAUUGGAUUCAUACUGAAACGAGCAAAUUGGUCACCAAGUGAGGUUUCGGAAACCAUGAAACGCGCGUCUACCGAGUAUGGAUCGAAGGAGUGGUGGGAUUUAGUUGACGAUGAUGAAGCGAGUAGGAUAAUAUGA